GGCGAGGAGGAGCUCCUGCUCUGCUUCUGGUACCUUUCAGAUCUGCGGGAGCGGGAGGAGCGCGGAGAGCUGCUGCAGCCGCUGGUCUUCGUCGCCCUGGUCUUGUGCUCUGUCCUGCUGUACCUUCAGGUGUCUCUCAUGGAUCCGGGCUUUGUUAAGUCAGAAGAGGAAGUGAAGGCAGGCAAGAGUGAAGAACAAACCAUAGUGAUACCCCAGGCUCCGAGUACCAUUCAGAUGCGGCGUUGUGGUUACUGCAUGGUGAAGCAACCGAUGCGAGCCAAGCACUGCCAGUGGUGCCGACACUGCGUGCGGCGGUACGACCACCACUGUCCCUGGCUUGAGAACUGUGUAGGAGAGAGGAAUCACCCCCUCUUCAUAGUCUACUUGAGCGUGCAGCUUGUAGUUCUGCUGUGGGGAGGUCACGUUGCUUGGUCAGGCCUCUACUUCGAACAGUCUUGGGACUGGCUGCAGCACAACAUCUUCCUCCUUGUGUCCUUCCUCCUGAUAGUCAUAUUCACCAUCGUCGUCCUGCUGCUGCUUAUUUCACAGCUCUAUCUGAUCUCAUGCAACACCACCAUGUGGGAAUUCAUGUCGCAUCACCGCAUCUCCUACCUGCGACAUUCUGAGUUGGAGAAUCCCUUUGACCAAGGGGUACUGCUCAAUCUCUGGAGAUUCUUCUGUUCACGCCACUUCACUGCAUGGGAGAACAUCUACUUUCACAGCAACAACGAGCCUGUCCAGCCAGAGCAGCACCAACCUGGUAGAGCGCCAACGCAGCUGCAGGCUGCCGAGUAA